GCCGGUAGAGGGGAACGGGGAAAGAGGAGGAGAGGAAGGAGGAGCGAGCAGGCAAGCAGACAGACUGAGGCUCGCUGGUCUCAGUCGCUCAUCUGUGCUUGGCAAAGCAGCUUCUCUCUGUCCAUACUCUCUCCGAAGCAACACUGAUCCUCCAACUUUGUAGCCUGAGCUUAAAAAAGGCACCCAGGGGCACAGGAGCCCCUCCUGCUGCUACACAAUGCUGCCCUGGAGGAGGAAUAAGUUUGUUCUGGUGGAGGAUGAGAAUAAGAUGAAAUCCAAGAGUCUGGGCAGCGGACUGACCUACCAUUCCAUCCUCUCUUCUCUGCUGCGCUCCUGUCCUGACCUGCUGCCUGACUGCCCCUUCGACUGGGUGGGAAGCAUCUUCCACACCAAACGACAGAAGGUGGAACUGAACAAAGAGGAGCCUGUUUACAAUGUGCGCUAUCUGGGAAGUGUGGUCACCAUCACGGCUAAGGGUGAAGGCUGUACGCAGGAAGCGGUGGCCAAAAUCUGGACAAAGAGCAACUACGGGGAGCAGAGCGUCAAGAUGAGGCUGACGGUGGGCCCGCAAGGCAUCCGCAUGAGUGCUGACAAAUCUGGAAAAAAAAGUCCCAUCCAUCUUUACUCUCUGAGCAGGAUCACUUAUUGCGCCUCUGACCCGUGCCGGCCCAAGAUCUUAGCCUGGAUCUACCGGCACCAAAUUAAGAACAUGGCGAUCGUCCUUCGAUGUCAUGCUGUCCUGGUGAGUAAGUCAGAGAAGGCGCAGGCCAUCGCGCAAAGCCUCUACAAGCACGCCACCUCUGCUUUCAGCGAGUUUAAACGUCUGAAGCGUCAGAGCGACUUCCGGCACUGCCAACAGCAGUUGCUGGGGGAGGAGGCAGUACCCCUCAUGCCCCUGAGGAGGCUGCUCAAUGGGCAGUGCCACUACAGGCCGCCCGCGGACACUCCGGGGAGUGCUACCCGCCUCUGUUCCAUCACAGAGGAAGAGGAGGAGGAGGAGGAGGAGGAGGAUGCCGAUAGCGAGAAAGCGGCAGUAGAGGAACCCCGGCAAGAGAUGGAGCCCAAAAGGAAGCAGAAAGUUUUAACGACAAACACAGACCCGACUCAGUUGUUGUCCCAGUUGGACCUAGGGGACAUUGCCGCACUGGAACAGUGCCAAAUCAACUUUGUCAGCGACAGCAACAACAACACCUUCACAUUUAUAACCUCGCUGGUGUGACUGUGAAACACAACAUCACUGGGACUUAUCCCUCUCUGUCCUUCACUGAUAGCCUACUCAGGCUUCCUCCUUUCCCCUCCAUGAAAUGUAUUCACCAGCAUCUGUCAGCUGGCUGGUCUUCUGAGGGGGCACUUUGUGUUCUGGCCAGAUGGCUCUGAUGCCAGUGUGCCAGAUCGACUGUAGCGACUCGGGAAUGUUUACAAGGCGGACUGCUGAUGCACAGGCUUACGAGCACAAUGACGAACAUCGCUUUUAGGCAACGUAAGACGACGUAUGGCCAUUUAUUGAUCACGAAACAGGCCUCUUUGUCAUAUUUCAUGUCAGGACAUUUUUGGAUGGACUUUUUUUUUUAAGCGUGUUUGUAUGUUUGUGUAGUUUUUCUACUGUGACAAUCCUCACUGAUGUUGUUGACGUGACAGAAGUUUAUGGUAGAUUUAUCGGUGAGGGAGGCGAUGGAUUAGGAUGCAAGCCAUCGAGGGGAUGUUUUAAUUACUACCAUUUGUUACCGUCCUGAUCAUUUAUGCAUGGCAUGUCAGCUGUAACCUUUCACGUUCAGAGUUUGUCUUUUAUCAUGUGACACCUUCAAAGAGAACACUGUGAUAAAUCUGUGAGCAGGGAUAAAUACGUGGGUGUAAUUUAUGUUAUGCAUUAUGACACCAAACCUAUUUUUAAAGCAAAUUUCGGUGUGGUCCUUUUAGCUAGUUUUUGUUCCAUGUCUCCCCUUAUGUAACCUGUCACAAAAGCUGGCAAUUUGACAAGAAUUGCUUGGCAUAUGACUGGGGCUACUCUCCUGUUCAUUGACUAAAUAUAGACAGUGUGUUACAUUUAGUAUGAAAUUAAGCAUUUAGAAUAUUUUCAAAACAUGUUGAAUAAAAAUCAACCCCUCUAUGAUCCCUUAGUGAUUCUUAGAACGCGGGUGUGCUAUCAAUUAUGAAUUAUUCAAAUGAAACUCAGCAUUUGCAUGUUUCAGAUGUGAAAAUAUGUCAAACCAAGACUUUAGGGACACUGAACAAACCAUAAGGAGUUAUACACCUCUGCAUAUUGUGUUUCCUGACCUAUUAAGCAGUCACGUGAAAUAAUAAAAACAGAGUGUCACUUUUAAAUUGGAAGUCAGCCCCAUUGAAUGUGGGUUGAUGGUUUCCCGCUGGCCCCUUUUCCCAGUUGCUCACGUCGAGGGGGGCAAUUAAUCAGCAGAUUGAAUUGUUUGGAGAGGGAACAUAAAGAACCUGCCACCGCAGUAAGGCUGUCAGGCUCUGACAUCAGCCACUACUCCAAACCAAGACAGUGACUCACCCGUCAGCCGUUUUUACCUCAAACAUCAGCCGUUUUAUUGACGACGACGCCUUCAUACCAUUUUACCGGAAUCUUGCAACAUCUGCAUGUGCAGAACAUGUGCAGCUCUGUCUUUGAUAAACAAUGAUGACAAAAUCAAAGCUCUGAAAAGUCGUUAGGUUGAAUCUAGGGCUACAAGAGCAGGAAAAAGAAAGAUAAUAAAAAGAGAGAACAAAUAAACACUACGCUGCUUAGUUAUUACUGUCACUUUCAUAGGACAGUAUGAAACUUUUUUAACUUGCUCAAGGAUACUGUGGCGACUUGGCAGUUACAUGUAGUGUUAAAGAGUGAUUUCCGACUGUCUCAACGUGACCACCUCUUUGUCUCCCUUUUACGUUACAAUAUGAUCUUUAUCCUUAAUCAUGGUUGUGACAGUCGGGUGUUGAGCGUAGUGUGCACGAGUUUGAAUAUUUAGCAGCCAAAUUGCUGUCGUUUUGUGAAUCAACAAGAAAUCAAAUUUCCAUAGGCCAAUCUUAGCUUUUCUGUAAACCUUUGCAAGCAAUGACGCUGCUCUUUUUUGUUUGUUUCUGUGUACUGUAGCUUUGUGAUUUCAUUUUCUUAGUAAUGUCUUGCAAAUAGAUCUGCUGGCUUGCCUGUCUAAGUAAGGAAUUGCUACAAAAAUCAUUUCAAAUGGUCUGCCUGGGGGUUUCUCCUUGCUGGGACCUUAGAGAUCAAUAAUUUCUUUUUCUAGUAAUAAUCCACAGCAAAGGAAAAGCAGGAUUUAAUAUGAGACGACCAAGGAGUCCUGUGGCCUUGUUUACUGCCCAUGCAUUUUCAUCAUUUGCUUGAGUCCUGUGCAAGAGUGAGUACAUGGCGCAUUGCCUGUGCUGUGUUAACAUGCGGCGUGCGGCAGAACAGCAACAGUGCUUUUAUGUCAACAAUACUAUCAGGCAGAAACGAGGGAGCAGAUGGCAGCAGCAAGGUGCACCCUGGGCUUUAUCACCAUCACCCUCCAGAAUAACAAGCCACUUCAAACCUACAAUCCAUAGCUUUGUUGUGUCACACUGACCGCCACGGGGGCACUGGAAUCAAUUCUACAAUACAUGCCAGGUACCACAAAAAAGAAAAACACAACACUGUGCAAUUUUAGAGCAGCUCACAGUGCUUCCGAAUACAAAAAGAUGAGCGACGGCACCAUGACAAGUGGCAGCUCAUUUACUCCGCAUGAGUAAAUGUGUUUCAAUCAGGUGACAUUAAAAAGACCAAAUAGAGACGCCACUUCAAGUACAAUUAUAUUUUAAUGAGGACAGAUGAAGACACAAUAUUAUAACUAAGGCAUGUUGUUAGCGGUGGGCAUAGGCUCGUUCUUCUCAAAUAGUGGGCCCCCUGUGGGUCACAGCGGGGUGUGUGGGAGGGCCGACAGUAAACUUAACAUGGAAAGUUGUUGCAGAUGUUAUCUCAGAUAAUAAUAUAAUUAGAAUAUAAUAUAAACAUAAUAUAAUUGAGAACCACUGACGGUGUUCAGUCAACAGACAGAAGUCAGUUCUGUCUGUUGAUUCUGGAGGCAAAUAAACACAAUGGUUAUCCUGCUAGUUAGUAAUUAGAUCGUUCAGGGGUAUCCAAACCUUUCCUACUGAGGGCCGCAUACUGAAAAAAAUUAUAUUAUGGCUUCAUUAUUGUAACAUCAUAACCUAAUUUUCCCUCUCCUGCUCACAUAGUGGAGAGGGCGCUUGGAUCUAUAAAACGAUAGCUUGCCAUAAACAAAUGAUCAUAAAAACAAAUAUAUAAUAUUUGGAAAUCAUAAAAAAUCAAAACAAACACUAAUUAUGAUAGAUAACACCGAACUAGAACGACUAAAUGAAAGCAAAUUUGUCGGAGUUAUUAUAGAUGGCAAAUUAAACUGGAGACUACAUAUAAACCAGAUAAAUAAGAAAAUAUCAGAAUUAAUUGCAAUACUACAUAAAAUAAAGUACAUCCUCAAUAAACAUUCUCUACAUUUAUUAUACCGAAAUUUUAUUGAGCCAUACAUUGUUUAUUGCAUUGAAAUUUGGGGACACACAUGUGUGGUCUAGCGGUUAGCACAGGGGUCGGGAACCUUUUUGGCUAAGAGAGCCAUGAAAGCCACAUAUUUUUAAAUGUAUUCCUGUGAGAGCCUUAUAAUGUUUUUUUUAACAAAGAAUACAACUAAAUAUGUACAUGGUUAAGCAAGACCAACUAUUUUAGAAAAUAAUAAGUCUCUGAAUUGAUUCUUUUCACUAACAUUGUUAUACUGAAGCUAUCCAAUAAUAAAUAAAAUACUUGUUACAAUUAAUGCAACUUCUGUUGCUGCACGGUUUGGCACCGCACUCCAUUCGUUCUUUCUUUUCGCCAUCUUCUUUGUCAAAAGGGGUUGCUUUGCAGAAUUAGCAAAUUAAAGGAGGGAAGUUUACUUCUUGACAUCUCAGUGACGCACGUAGGCUACCACAUUAUGCAACAAUAAUCAAGUUUUGGUGUCCGUCCCGGAAAAUAUCGGAAGGACAGCUGCCGAUGGCUCCGGCCACCUGCAUUGUGGCAGAAAAUGGAUGGAUGGAUUAAAAUGCAUGAGGAAGUUUUGUAUUUUGAACUUUAUUUUUAACACUGUGAUUUCUGUAAUGUUUUACUUUAAAAUGUGAGCAAAAAAAGAAUUUUAUUUAUUUAUUUUUUUAAUCGUGGUAAGACAUGUCUGAGAGCCAGACGCAGUCGUCAAAUGAGCCACGUCUGGCUCCCGAGCCAUAGGUUCCCUACCCCUGGGUUAGCACGUUGGCCACACAGUCACAGUCUGGAGAUCGGGAAGAUCAGGGUUCGAUUCUCCCUUGGGGCAUUUCUGUGUGGAGUUUGCAUGUUCUCCCCGUGCAUGUGGCUUUUCUCCGGGUACUCCGGUUCCCUCCCACAUUCCAAAAACAUGCAUGUUAGGUUAAUUGGUGACUCUAAAUAAAUAAAAAUGUGAGUGUGAAUGGUUGUUUGUCUAUAUGUGCCCUGCGAUUGGCUGGCGACCAGUCCAGGGUGUACCCCGCCUCUUGCCCGAAGUCAGCUGAGAUAGGCUCCAGCAUACCCCCGCGACCCUAAUGAGGAGAAGCGGUAUAGAAGAUGGAUGGAUGGACAUACAAAACAAUCGCAAAACCAAUCUACAUGUUACAAAAAGAGUAAUAAGGAUAAUUUUAAAACAAACUGCUUAUUAAGAACCAACAAACAAACUGUUCUUAAAUUCACAAAUUUUAAAAUUUGAACUAAGAGGGACGUGUGUGUGUACGAAAGCAAAGGCACCAACAAAUGUGCAACAGAUAUACAGGCCACACCAAAGAAGUUAGUACGAGCCAUGCUACAACUAUUAUUAUUUGUUUUCUAUUAUUGCUUUGUUUUCAUGCUAAAAGAAUUGGCAUCCUGUUUGGAGCCUCGCAAUAACCAGGUACAGAUGGGAUGGUUGGAUAUUAGGUGUCACUCUGAAUGCAUGUUGUUGACAUGUUGGAGGCAUGAUGAAGAGGACUGUUGGGGUGGGUGAUGGUGUGCUCUGGCUUUGUCCUGGGGGUCCAAUGUCCCCACUUUUCUGUGAUUUGUGUAUACGGACGCAGGGGGAGAACAAAUCUAGAACUGGAUUAGUAACUGGUCGGGCCACCUUGAGCAGCAAAAACUGCAAUCAAGCGUUUGUGAUAACUUGCAAUGAGUCUCUUACAGCGCUGUGGAGGAAUUUUGGCCCACUCAUCUUUGCAGAAUUGUUGUCAUUCAGCCACAUUGGAGGGGUUUCCAGCAAGAAGCGCCUUUUUAAGUUAAUGCACCAGAAUCUCAAAAGGAUUCAGGUCAGGACUUUGACUAGGGUCAUUUUGGUUGGCCGGCCACUCCUGGGAAGUUUCGCCACUGUUCCAUGUUUUCACUAUUUGUGGAUAAUGACUUUCACUGUGGUUUGCUGGAGUCCCAAAGCUUUAGAAAUGGUUUUAUAACUAGACAAAUUGAAGUCCGGUUUGCUAAACCACAUUUAGGUUAUGUUUUAACAUGCGGGCAAGCACUUUUUCACACACAGCCUUGUAGGUUUGGAUUUUUUUUGUCCCUUAAUAAUAAUAAGUCUCAUUUAAAAACUGCAUUUUGUGUUCAGUCGUGUUGUCAAAAACUAAUAUUUAACUUGGUUUGAUGAUCUGAAACAUUUAAGUGUGGCAAACAUGUAAAAAAAAAAAAAAAAAAAUUCAGGAAUGGGGCAAACACUUUUUCACACCACUGUAUUUGAACGUACCGAGGGCCAAUAAAAACAGUUAGGGGGUCGUAAAUGGCCCCUGGACCGCACUUUGGACACCCUUGAGAUAGAUAGAUACUUUGUUGAUCUGUAAAACUGCAAAGCUAAACUGUGCAAACUGUGCACACAAAAGAAAAUGGUUGUUUCAUUUGAAAAGCAGUGCUAGAUUGUUGCAAAGGAGGAAUUGUCCAGUAUGUACAGUACAUGCUGGGACACCAUGUCAGAACAUGUGUGUGUUUCUCUACCAGUGCUGGCUUUCUGUGCAGAAACUACUAUCACAUGGCACACCACGUGCUUACAUUUCCAGAUUGUGCCAUCGAGUUGAAAUGAUCAGACAGUUAGAAGUAAGCAGUAGCACUUUCUGCUUCGUGCAUACAAUAUCUCACUUGGUCUUCUGAGGAAAGAGCUGCUUACCUGGCAACUUGCAAAUGAGAUGGGCUGUGUUUUGCUGCUCAGCAAGGCUGCCAAAGUACCGUUCAGGUGCAUGAUGAUCUCUUUUGGCACAAAUAGCAAAAAGCGCACUGAUAAACUGAAAUACUUUGUGUUGAGUUGCGAUCCAGGAAAUAGCAAGUUGGAAGUUAUUAAAAUUGUCACAUAAGCUACUGGAGUCAGAAUGUUCUGUUUGAGCUUGAGUGCCAGCCAGCAGCUUGAAACCAGAGUUUGCUAAUUCAUGAGAAUCGGAUCCAUCAGAAAUUCUGGGUUUUGGUACUAAAGCAGACUCAAAUGUUAUAAAAUGCUGUGAUGGUCAGAUAAAAACGCCACAGGAGCCUCGCACAUACAUUUUGCCUCAUGACGCUGCACAGAAACCUGAAUAAUGCCAGCUACAUGUGGAACUUGCGAAUGUUUAAUUUAACAACAUUUCAACUGCCUCCUUAUUGAAAAUGAGUCACCCAAAAUGUUCCCCGACCUUUCUGGCUGUACUCCGCCAUCAACCGGAAUUAGAUUGGGAAAAGGUGACUUCUUGUUCCAAAGACAGGAACACGUUCCACUUCAUAAAACCCAUACUGGUGCGUUUAACUGUUAUCAACCCUUCAUAUAAUUGUCCUCUGAUGUCGCCAGGGAGCGCUUAAAGAGCAAGGCCUGUGUUUCCAUGACGACCGUCUCGCUAAAAGUCAGGAGAAUUUUCUCAGACUUCUUCAUUACACAGCAUCUUCAUGAAGAUGAUCCUUGUGGGCUAUUAGAUUACCUGCAGACUGAUAAUAGUGUAAUGUGCAUGCAAGGCCAGACGUGGAAUUAAACACCGUGGUGUCCUGUCCGAUGAAAAGCAAGUCAAACCUUGGUUUUCAAACACCCCAGUAUAAUUCGGCCUUGCUUCCUUGGUGCACUGUCUCUGUUACCAUAGAAUAUGAUGUGUUGUGUUUUAUAUACUGCAUAUACUCUUUGCAUGUUGGCCACACAGUCAGGAGAUCUGGGUUCGAAUCUCCGCUUGUGCAUCUCUGUGUGGAGUUUGCAUGGUCUCCCACAUUCCAAAAACAUUUAAUUGGAGACUCUAAAUUGUCCAUAGGUAUGAAUGUGAGUGUAAAUGCAUGUUUGUCUAUAUCCAGCCUGCGAUUGGCUGGCGACCAGUCCGGGGUGUAUCUCGCCUCUCGCCCGAAGUCUGCUGGGAUAGGCUCCAGCUUAUCCGCGACCCUAGUGAGGAUAAGCGGCAUAGAAAAUGGAUGGAUGGAUGGAUGGAUACUCCCAGCGUUGCUUGUUUACACCAAAAAUUAUGACACUUAGUUUACACAAUAAUACGGUAUCCUCUAAGGCCUAGGUUCCCAAAGCGGGGUACGUGUACCCCCAGGACUUGCCAAUUGUAAUAGGAGCUACGUAAAUAAAAAUUUUAAACAAUUAGCGCCUACCACUCGCAAUUAGGAGUGCGCCUGAACACCUCACGGCGCAAGGAGAACUGAGCAGGAAGGAGACACAGCACGAAGUUGGUAAUUGCUCUGUGUGGAUCAUAUGAACAAAUAAGUAAGUUUGAUGAUUAUUUUUUACAUUAAGAGUGUUUAAGUGUUUAAUCUUGAAGAAUUCAUUUAUAUUGGUGUUCCAAUUCCCGCACGGCACAGCGGUGACAACCAGCUGUCACUGUGAGUGGAGAUUCCCCCCCUAAAAUGAGGCUUUAUCAUUGGUUGUAUGUAUUUUUGUACGUCAUGGUAUUGGUAUUAAAUUAAUAUGCAGACUUAAUCCAUAGGCAUCUUGCGUGGACAAAAAAUGUGAUGCUCAAAUUCAACCCAUUCAAACGGAAGGUUCAGACUGGAAUAAAAGAUAUGCAGGAUGAUUACUUAUCAAUUUAUCAGUGCUCAUGUGAAACUUUAUCAGAAUG